ACUAGAGAUAAAUUGAGGAACCUGGUGGACGUAAUAUCUUAAAGUGAUCACUGUAGACGGUGAAGAAGCAGAGAAACAUCAGACACAGAGCAGGGACUUCAUUCAGAUUACACUGAAGAAUGGAAGCAGGCUUCAAUAACACCACCUACAACACAGACUACUACGAUGACAGAAACCUCACAGGACUUCAGGAUGACGUAGGAAUGUAUUACAUAGAAUAUGUUGUGAUGUGCAUAGUCAUCAGUAUCGGCCUUCCUCUGGUGCUCGUGACCAUCUAUGCUCUUUCCUCUCUGGUACGCCAGGGUCAAGUUGCUCCGAUAUACGUCAUCAACCUUCUCAUUUCAGACAUCAUUCAGCUCUGCUGCAUGAUCGCAUUUUUGUCAGAUCAUGAGACUCCCAUGGCUGAUGAUGUCUACAGCUGUGGUGUACUGUCGAGUGUUGGCUUCAUGGUGUGCAUCUCACUGGAAAGGUACCUGGUCAUCUUCCACCCACUGUGGUACCGAUUCAAACGAACCAUCAAGAUCUCUGUGGCGGUCUGUGCCGUGGUCUGGGCCUUCCCUCCUGUUUAUUUCCUUAUUGUGUUUCCCUUGGUUACUGAUACGGUUGGUGUAAUAGUGCUCCCCAUUAUCCACAUCAUCCCCUUCCCACUGUUCAUCUUCGUCCUGGUCAGGACCCUCAGAGCCCUCUCUUCUUCCGCCUCGGUCCGCUCUGAUGAGAAACGACGAAUAGUUGGAACUUUGGUGGUGGUGCUGCUCAUUUACACGCUGCUCUUCCUGCCCAUCAUUAUUAAGUUCCUGUUACAGGCGACUGGCUUUUACUCUUCAAUGUUUUUCUACACGUCCGGUAUAUUUGUUAGACUGAGUCCUCUGGCAGACUUGCUUCUGUAUAUCUUCAUCAGAAAGCAGACCAUGGGCAACUGUCUGGCCUCUGUGUGUUGUUGCAUAAAGGAGAGCAAUGAUCCCACCACAUCAGCAGUGACUGUUGACGACAUUUAGACAGAAAGCUUUAAGGAGGCAGAGAGAGAGAAGAGAAAACAGAGCAAAUGUACUCUAGAAUCAUAGUAUAUCCAAAAUGUACAUCCAUGUCUAUCCAAAACCUUUAGCAUGUGCAUGAAGAAGGACCAUGUUUGUCAUGUUGUUAAUCAACCCUCAAUAACCUGCCCCCCCCCCAUACCUCACUGACCUUCUCCAGUACUACCACCCCUCCCGCCGUCUCCGAUCCUCUGACUCCAACCUCCUCACUCCCAUCACUAAAUCCAA